UAUUUCUAGAUCUACUUAGUUUAUUUGCCGUAGUUGAUUCAAAGAGUAUAAAAUAGCUGCUUCAUGAUGUUACAUUUAACUAUACGAUAUAGCUUUGCACAGAAAAAAUAAAUGUUGUUCUCGAUGUUGAUGUAGGUAGGACUAAGUAUAAAGUAUUUGUAGGAAGGAGCAUUGCAAGAAUAUGGACAUUUACUGAAUUACUUCCCUUAGCUAUUGUCCAAAAAAAAAAAAGUUACUUAGCUACUACUGUACUAAAAGAGGUCGAUGUCAGUGUGUGAGGGCAAACAUUCCUCACUCAAAAGGUUGAACGUGAGCAUCUGCACCUUCACAAGAAGGCACCUGGAAACGGUCAAGUGUCGCUAAUUUUAGAAAGGGAAAACCGUAGCGAGCCGUUGGAUGUUUCCCAUUGAAACAUACGUAUAUUGUUUCGUAGCUGGUGGUCCCAUAAAACCCCCGUGCGUUCUUUAUUACACGUAAUAGAGGCCCAUUCCAAGAAAAGCAACAAUGGGGCCCAGUAAGCAAAUUAGGGUUUUGCUUCUGAACGACAUGGAGAAGCUAGGCAGGACCCUCUUCAGAUUGGAGCAAGGGUAUGAGCUCCAAUUCCGCUUGGGUCCAACUUUGCAAGGAAAAACUGUGAAUGUUUACACUAAUUAUCCGUCCCCUGGAGAGAAGUUGAACCGGCGGGCUUUUAGGACUCUGAAGUGGAUAAACCCAGCAGGCAGGGAAGAUGACUCUGAUAAGUUCUGUAAACUUGAUCUAAUGGUAGCAGGAUCUUACGAAUAUAAUUUUGGUAGUGGGGAAGAAGUCAAGCAUGGAGGAGGCUAUAUCGUGGUUGACCCUGUAUUGCGUGUUGGUGCUGAUAACCGCGUUCUCCCAUUGGACUGCAUCAGUAUACAGACGUAUCUGUCCAAGUGCCUCGGACCCUUAGAUGAGUGGCCAGACAGACUCCGAGUUGCUAAAGAGUCAGGUUAUAAUAUGAUUCAUUUUACACCACUGCAGACACUGGGUUUGUCUCGAUCAUGCUAUUCCCUGGCUGAUCAGUUAGAGCUGAACCCAGACUUCUCUAGCAAAGAGAAACAAUUCAGCUGGACAGAUGUUGCAAAACUGGUGGACAAGCUCAAGACAGAAUGGAAUAUCAUCUGCAUUACUGAUGUGGUCUAUAAUCAUACUGCUGCUAACAGUAAGUGGUUAAUGGAACACCCUGAAUGUGGUUAUAACCUUGUGAACUCACCUCACCUGAAGCCAGCCUGGCUAUUGGAUAGGGCCCUCUGGCAUCUGACAUGUGACGUAGCUGAUGGAAAGUACAAGGACAAAGGAUUAACUGCUCUGAUUGAGAAUGAUGAACACUUAAAUGCAAUUCGCAGAAUAAUCUGGGAAGAUGUCUACCCAAGGAUUAAAUUGUGGCAAUUUUACCAAGUAAAUGUGGAAGAGACUGUGGAGCAGUUUCAAAACCUCCUUGUUAAAGGCAAUAGAAAUAUUGUGUCUGGUCCUAAAAAACCUCUCAAGAUCAUUCAGGAUCCUAUGUACAGAAGAUUUGGCAGCACCAUAGAUAUGAACAUAGCACUGGAAACCUUCAUACCACACAGUAAUGAGCCCUCAGCUAUACUUGAUUGUUGCAACUGGUUUCAUAAGAGGUUAGAGGAGUUGAAUGGAGCGUGUUACAAGCAACUGCACUAUCACCAGGAGCAGGCUGUUAACUGUGUUCUGGGCAAUGUUGUCUACGAACGCCUUACUGACCAUGGUCCCAAGUUGGGCCCAGUGACUCGUAAAGAUCCUUUGGUAACAAGGUAUUUCACAUACAGGUUUGAAGAAAUGAGCCUGGAACAGGAGGAGCAGCUGAUGCACCAGUCUGACAAAGCGUGUCACUUCCUGGCUCACAAUGGCUGGGUGAUGGCGGACGAUCCCCUCAGGAACUUUGCUGAGCCAGGCUCAGAUGUUUACCUGAGAAGAGAAUUAAUUUGCUGGGGAGACAGCGUCAAACUCCGUUAUGGCAACAGUCCUGAAGACUGCCCUUAUCUUUGGGCUCACAUGAAAAAGUACACUGAAAUCACGGCAAAGUACUUCUGUGGAGUGCGGCUCGACAACUGUCACUCCACGCCUCUCCAUGUGGCCGAGUACUUGCUGGACCAUGCCAGAGUGAUACGGCCUGAUUUGUAUGUGGUGGCUGAGCUGUUUACUGGAAGCGAGGAGCUGGACAAUUUCUUUGUGACUAAACUGGGCAUAAGUUCCCUCAUACGAGAGGCUAUGAGUGCUUCUAACAGUCGAGAGGAAGGAAGGCUUGUGUACCGGUUUGGGGGAAACCCAGUUGGCUCCUUCUUUCAGCCCUGUCUGAGGCCUUUAGUACCCAGCAUCGCUCACGCACUCUUUAUGGACAUUACCCAUGAUAAUGAAUGCCCUAUUCAACUUCGCUCCAUGUAUGAUUCUCUCCCCAGUUCAGCAAUUGUCUCCAUGGCGUGCUGUGCUACAGGAAGUACAAGGGGAUAUGAUGAACUGGUGCCCCAUCAAAUCUCUGUAGUUAAGGAAGAACGGUUCUAUCCCAAGUGGAACCCUAAAGCACAGGCUUCGUCCCCGGGGGAGGUGAACCUGCAGAGUGGCAUCAUUGCUGGGAAGGUGGCCCUCAACAAACUGCACCAGGAGCUAGCAGCUAAGGGCUUUGGCCAGGUGUAUGUGGAUCAGGUAGAUGAGGACAUUGUUGCAGUGACCAGGCACUGCCCCAGCUCCCACCAGUCGGUCGUAGCUGUGUCACGUACUGCCUUCAGAAACCCCAAGACCUCCUUCUACAGGAGUGAUGUCCCUCCCAUGUGCAUCCCAGGCAAAAUAGAAGAGGUGGUGUUGGAGGCUAGGACAGUGGAAAGAGCAGCUGUGCCUUACAGAAAGGAUGAGGAGAGCAUUAAUGGCCUGCCUGAGGGUACAGUGGAGAUCACAGAACAUAUUCAGCUAAAAGACAGCAAGGUUGUAAAGCAGGCAGUGACAGCCAAGGGUCCCCAUGAAUUUGUCCAGGAAAUCGAAUUUGAACACCUAACUCCUGGGAGCGUGAUAGUCUUCAGAGUGAGUCUGGACCCAGAAGCACAGCAAUAUGUCGGCUUGCUCCGAAAUCAGCUUACCCAGUUUAGCCCUCACUUUAAAUCAGGCAGUCUUCCUGAUAGCAACGCAGACCCCAUACUUAAAAAACCAUUUACAGCUAUUGCGUCGGCGCUGUCCCUUGCUGACAUGAAUGUGCUUCUGUUCCGUUGUAAUGAGGAGGAGCAAGAGGAUGGUGGCGGGUGUUACAACAUCCCAUCCUGGACAGCUCUCAAAUAUGCAGGACUGCAAGGCCUAACGACAGUAAUGGCAGAUAUCCGACCUAAGAAUGACCUUGGUCACCCUCUCUGUGACAACCUGCGAUCAGGAGACUGGAUGAUGGAAUAUAUCAGCAACCGUUUAAUAACACGCGGCGGCGCCUUAGGAGAGGUAGGAAAAUGGUUCCAGGCUAUGUUCACAUACCUGAAGCACCUUCCUCGCUAUCUCAUCCCAUGCUACUUUGAUGCCAUUCUCAUUGGCGUCUAUACCAGCCUUCUAGAUGCCACCUGGAAACAGAUGUCAAGUUUUGUUCAGAAUGGUUCCACCUUUGUGAAGCAUCUGGCUAUGGGCUCGGUGCAGAUGUGUGGAGUGGGUGGAUUUCCUGCCCUCCCUCCACUGUCUCCUGAACUGCAGGGCGUUCCAUACCGCAUCAGUAACAUCAGCAAGGAGAAGGAACAGUGCUGUGUCUCCUUAGCUGCAGGGUUGCCACACUUUUCCUGUGGUAUUUUCCGGUGCUGGGGGCGAGACACGUUCAUUGCACUGAGAGGACUGAUGCUGGUGACUGGUAGACACCUGGAAGCCAGAAACAUAAUCCUUGCUUUUGCUGGUACGUUGAGACAUGGUCUGAUCCCAAAUCUUCUGGGCCAGGGUAUCUAUGCCAGGUACAAUUGUAGAGAUGCAGUGUGGUGGUGGCUGCAGUGCAUCCAAGACUACUGUAACAUUGUUCCAAAUGGGACUGAUAUUCUCAAGUUCCCCGUCUCCAGAAUGUACCCCACUGACGACUCGGAUCCACUGCCUGCUGGAACAGUGAAUCAACCCCUGUAUGAUGUAAUUCACGAGGCAAUGCAGCGUCACAUGCAGGGAAUAGAGUUCAGAGAAAGGAAUGCUGGGUCUCAGCUGGACCGCCACAUGAGGGAUGAAGGCUUCAAUGUCUCGGCUGCAGUGGACCCUGCAACUGGCUUUGUAUUUGGAGGAAAUCGAUACAAUUGUGGUACGUGGAUGGAUAAAAUGGGAGAAAGUGAGAGAGCCGGCAACAGAGGAAUACCAGCUACCCCAAGGGACGGGUCUGCUGUGGAGAUAGUGGGUCUCAGUAAAUCAGCGGUUCGCUGGCUGGAGCACCUGCACCAGGAGAAGCUGUUCCCCUACGCUGCUGUCACAGUGAUGAGAGAUGGAAAACGAGUGAACGUCUCCUAUCAGGAGUGGAAUAAAACAAUUCAGGAUAAAUUUGAGAAGUCGUUCUAUGUGUCUCAGGACCUGUCUGAUCCUAAUGAGAAGCACCCGGAACUGGUUCACAAGAGAGGGAUUUACAAGGACAGCUAUGGGGCCUCCAGCCCCUGGUGUGACUACCAGCUCAGACCGAAUUUCACCAUAGCCAUGGUGGUAGCUCCUGAGUUGUUCACCCCAGAGAGGGCCUGGCAAGCCCUUGAUAUGGCAGAGAAGAAGCUCCUUGGUCCCUUGGGAAUGAAGACCUUGGACCCAGAUGACAUGGUGUACUGCGGUGUCUACAACAAUGACCUGGAUAAUGACAACUAUAACGUCACUAAGGGUUUCAACUAUCAUCAGGGACCGGAAUGGCUUUGGCCAGUUGGUUACUUUCUGCGUGCCAAACUGUAUUUUGCCAGGAAACUGGGGACAGAAGUAUACAACAACACUGUGAAAUUAGUGAAGAAUGUCCUGUCACGCCACUAUGUCCACCUGGAGAGAUCUUCCUGGAAAGGCCUUCCAGAACUCACCAAUGAGAACGGGCAGUACUGUCCAUUCAGCUGCGAGUCCCAAGCCUGGUCCAUCGCCACCGUCCUCGAGGUCCUUCACGACCUCUGAAGUGUUUGUGUUGCAUCUUAAAUACAAGUGAUUAUUCAGAAAACAUUCAGUCUCCCAGCACUGAUUUUUGUUUUUGUCAAUGCAUUUUUUUAUGUUUUUAAAUAGUUUUACAAUUUUGCACAGACUAAAUAAAUAUGUUUAGUCAAACAAAAAAAAUAAUUAAACUAGAAAUGUGACUUAAUUAGGUGCAAAAAAAGAUCAUUUACAGUUUAUUCAGCUGCUAAUUGACAGCAUUUAAUUUUUUGAAGCAUGCAUGGAUUAUUGGUUACUGAAUGAUAGUGUUAAAUCUCCCCAACAAAGACUGAUAAGCCCUGUUGUUGUUUUUAUGCAAGAAUAUUCAAACCAGUUUUGUUUAAACUCUGUCUUUCUAACAUAAAAUCUUAAGACUAGAAAGACACAAUAUAGUUUUUAGCCAAUGAUGAGGGGGCAGCUACUGUAUGAGUGUGCUUAGCAUUUGCUUUUUGGGUAUCAAAUAGACUUUAAUAAGCUUGCCCUAUAAAUUAGAUGUAACGUAAACCUGAACACCUAAAAAUGCUUCCAGAGUAUAAUAUCAUGUUUGUAUGUGUGCUGUGUGGUAAUAUAUAUAUAUAUGUACAUGUCAACAAAGGUCUGACAUCUAUCUAUUGUGGGAGAGUGAAUUGUAUACCAGGUAAUCUGAUGCUUCCUGUCAUUGUAGAGGUGGCAGUCUAAACUGGGCCGUUUUAUUUUAAUUGUGUGCACUUAUUUUGCGAUAUUUUUACGGCUUUUUUUUCUUUUUUCAGUGAGAAAUGCAAUACUGUAAUGGGUUAUUGCUUGGUCACUUGUGUUUGUCAGAUAUACUGUGAAUUGAUAUAUAAAUGUUCUCCUCAAGCAGUCCUGUGGUAUUGUUUUUCAUUCAUUCAUUCACACCAAGUGGUUUUCCUCACUAAUUUGAAAAUGUUUUGUUUUUAUUGUAUCUCUCCAUCACUUUUUAUCUUUCUCAGCCAUGGACAUUCUUUAUUUGAACAUUGAACAUUAGGGCAGCAGUGUGGAGUAGUGGUUAGGGCUCUGGACUCUUGACCAGAGGGUCAUGGGUUCAAUCCCCAGUGGGGACACUGCUGCUUUACCCUUGAGCAAGGUACUUUACCUAGAUUGCUCCAGUAAAAACCCAACUGUAUAAAUGGGUAAUUGUAUGUAAAAAUAACGUGAUGUCUUGUAAGUCGCCCUGGAUAAGGGCGUCUGCUAAGAAAUAAAUUAUUUAUUUAUUAUAUUGUUUUUAACACCAUUUAUUUACCAUUAUCUAAUUACAUUAUUGUUGUUGUUAUUAUUAUUAUUAUUAUUAUUAUUAUUAUUAUUAUUAUUAUUAUUAUAAUAAUACUGUAAAGCCAAAUAAUCGCCGGUCUCCAGUACACACGGGCUGCUGGGAAAUAUGGUAAAUAGAUGCCGGGGUCUCUUUUAAACGCUGGGUUAUGAGUAAUAAUAUAAUGCUCAUCAUUUGGAUGUACCAGCCAAUACACACACAUGGCUGUACAGCAAGCUUACCAAUUUGUUUUUCAACAGCGAUGAAGAGACUCUUAGGCUCAGGAUGAAUGAUAAGAAAAUUGAAUUGAAUUUAUUUUAAAAGGUACACAUCAGGUUUUUCUAUGAUGUUAUUCAUUAUAAAACCAGUUGUGAAGCUUUUUAAAAUACAAACUUGUUUUCUGAUAUUAACAGGGUUGCCUUUUAAUGUAUUUGUACGUGUGUAUUUUUUUUGUAUUAACAGUAUUUCGUGCAUUUGAGUCUUGCAGUGAAUAUUUGUAUUUUGCUCGUUUUCCAGCAUUCUUAUUUAUCAACGUACAUGUUAUAAAAACAAAUUAGUCACUUUUGCUUUGAUUUUGUGAUAAAACUGGUACUUGUAUUGAUUUUAUUGUUAAUCUUUAAACCGUUUGAAGCAUUUUUUUAAUGUAUUGCGUGCCAACAUUAUGAAUUUAUCUUUCGUAUUAACACAGUAUUUCAUGCGGUUGUUUUGCAAUGAAGAUUCGUUGCUGGUUAAUUUUUCAUCGAUUGUCCAUGCUUACCAAUGUACAUGUUUUGAGGGUGAACAAUAAAUAUAAUGUGUUAAUAAA